AUUCUUCUUUGUGAGGUUGUUGAGAGGUCGGGCCGUUGUAGCGAAGUUUUCGAUAAAUCUUUGGUAGAAGUUUCCAAAGCCAAGGAAGGACUGUACUUCUUUCAAGUACCUCAGCGUUGGCCAGGCGGCGAUGCCAUUUACUUUGACUGGAUCCAUGGAUAUGUUAUCUGUAGAGAUGAUGAAUUUGAGAUAUUCAACAGUGUCCAUUUCAAAGGUGCACUU